AGAAAACAACAAGCGAAGAACCCAAAGCAAAGAAUGUAGAAUGGGCGUUACUUUCAACUUCAUUUCCCUAUAAAUCCAUUGGUAUUCCUCAAGACCCUAAUACAAAGAAAGCCAUGGCGACCAUCUUAACUGUUGAAGACGCUUAUCCUGGUGUCGAUGCUGAACUUCUAAAAAAGGCCUGCCAUGGAUGGGGAACCGAUGAAAAGGCUGUAAUAUCGAUUCUGGCUCAUCGAAAUGCACCUCAAAGGAAACUGAUAAGGGAAGCUUAUAAAGAUAUGUAUGGUGAGGAUCUUGUCAAGCGACUUGAACAUGAGCUAUCUGGUGAUCUUGAGAGAGCAGUGUAUCGAUGGAAUUUGGACCCUGCGGAUCGGAAUGCAGUGCUAGCAAAUGUGGCUCUACGGAAGGAACACCGAGAUCAUAGGGUGUUCAUUGAACUGUCGUGCACUCUUUCUCCGGAGGAGCUUUUUGAUGUCAAGCGAGCCUAUCAAUGCCGCUACAAGCGUUCUUUGGAAGAAGACAUUGCUUCGCAUACUUCUGAUGAUCUGCGAAAGUUACUUGUGGGUUUGGUGAGCAUACAUAGGUAUCAAGGUGAUGAAGUAAACUUGAAAUUGGCAAACUCUGAGUCGAGCAUUCUUCGUAAUGCCAUUGAAGAGAAAACAUUUAACCAUGAAGAAAUCCUCCGAAUUAUCACUACAAGGAGCAAGCCACAACUCAUGGCUACUUUGAAUCAUUACAAAGAUGAACACGGUUGCAAUAUGACCAAGCAAUUAAAGGAUGAUCGAGCCAACGAGUACACAGAAACACUACGUACCACAAUUAGAUGCAUGAGUGAUCCGAUUAAGUACUUUGAAAAGGUGAUACGUAAUGCUGUUAAAAAAAGUGGGACUAACGAGGACGCACUAACUCGGGUUAUCGUUACACGAGCUGAGAAAGACCUAAAGAUUAUUAUGGACCAAUAUCAGAAGAGGAACAGUGUGCCACUUGAUCAUGUUAUUGCAAAGGAAACUUCUGGGCAUUACAAGCGAUUCCUUCUCGCACUACUUGGGAAGGAUGAGUAGUUUACAACAUUGAUAUCUCAAGAGGAAGUUUUCGACGAUGAUGUUUAUCAUGAGGUUCUUUUUAUUGGUUCAAAAUUUAAAGAUACUUAUGGUUUGUUUGUUUGUAUGUAUUUUUUUGCUUGUGAACAAAAAGAGUGAUUGUAUGGUGUAUGAUUGAUCAUAUAUUAUUUGAAUAAAUAAUUUAACUUUUACGUA